CGAGAAAGGGUCAAACUCAACAUUUACUGGGACGGUAAUAGAAUAUUGAGCUUCAGCAGUGCGAUGUGAGGUGGAAAAGGAUAUGUAAUGCAUGGGCAGAGUCCUGGAAGAAGGUUCCAAAAUUUAACAUCGGAAUGGGCAUAUUCCGGGAUGAAAAUCGAUUCCGCGAGUGAGAAGAAUUGGUUCCGUUAUCUACAUAGUCACCAGCAAAAGAGGCGUGCAAAGAAGAAUCUCCGAGAUGAAGAUUCGGCGGGAUUCAGGGGGAGGAAGACAGUGGGUCACGUGGGGGUACCCUAGCGUAUCCAAGUAGCGCAAGAGCUUUUUCUGACUUCUGUCCGGAAACGCGCAUCAGACGGUGCUACCAGAAGAAGUCCUCUCAAGGCGAUUGCAAGGUCUGCAUUGGACGGACAAGCCCCUAAGUUUGGGUUAUUUCGACGAUGACAGCCAGAGCUAAUCGUGUUCCUCCUAUCAGAAAACCUGGCAUGACGGUUGCAUCUGAAAUGGGACAACAGCCAGCUUAAAAGAAAGGGAAACGAUUUCGAUGCAGACGGGUCUGCCAUAUUUACACAUGUGCGAAAUCAACUCCGCGAGGACCUAUGUUAACAGUUUUGCCAGCGGAGAGAUUUUUUUUAAGGGGAAAUCGGUCGCCGAAUGAAGUAGCUCUGAAAAUGGAUGGCGCUCAAGCGUGCUACUCAUACCUCGCCGUCGGGGUAGAGUCGAUGCUCCGACGAGUAGGCAGGCGUGGAGGUCCGUGAGCGUAGGAUCGAAAUUGUGCGAAAUGAGGCACAAAUACGAUACCUGGAGAUGCAAAUGUCCAUGAUAUUUGGACCCAAGGCAAUACAUGGGGAGCUAGUGCUUGAGUGCCGAAUUUUCAAAGGAGGAGCUGAAUGCUGAGUCCUUCCUACAGGUUGAACUAGGGAUAUCCAGCUUAAUCUUUCUUCCCGUAUCGACAUCAAUCCCGAGGGGGGUGAAACCAAUGUAGGCGGAUGUGCGGAGAGGGCCACCCUUAUCAUGCACAGUUGAUGAACUACGAUAAACAUCUCCGACCCACUGAAGCUGGGAGGAAUCUCAAGGAUAGCUGGAUCUGAUGAGUAGGAUGCCCAUUCUUCGAGUUCUUUGACUCUGUGCAAGGGAGGAUACCUGAGCUUCCAAACAACCAAGAACAAUUCUACGCAAAUCAAGCUGGAUAGCUGCCUUACAUUGCUUACCAAUUACGUAUGCACAGACGGUGGACUACGAAGCCUUCGGAACAAUACAGGCAGGUUGAAGGAAAUCAAUCCAAUAUUUGAGAAGCUAUGAUAUCCUUUGAAUUCGAAGAAGAAGGAGGUUACCUUAGCCCACCUAUAUCGUCUAGCGGGAAAGCAUAACACCAUCCGUCCGAGACCCGCUAUUUCUACAAUCAGAAUCGAUACCCUACAGCGUAGAUAUCUUGGUCAUGACUGGACUGUUGGGCCGAGGUUUCUCCCGUACCCACACGAUCCCCUUCACUAAGCCAAGAGUGGCCUAGCGUAUCCCCGCAUUCCCGAACCCCGGCUGCUCUAGGACGCUGACUCAGCACCCGACCCCUCGAUUUCGGCGUUUCGUCUCCAAGCUUGUUUCCUUUCUCUUCCUCUUCCUCUUUCUUCUUUGUCACCUUGACUCGUCUCUCCUCUUUCAUUCCUUCAUUGAACAGCUGGACAUGAGCUGAUUUUUGCUUUUGAUUCAACUCUCAACCCCGUUCUACUGGACUUUUUCUAAACUUCGAUAGAAUCUCAAUCCAAUCAUAUAAGUUAAUCGAAUCAGCAUCCUUGCCGUCGCUGCUGCUGAGCUCUACUUAUAUCUCUGGGAUUUUACAUAUAAAAUGGUUUACACAGCAUCUUUUGCGUUCUUCGAGGCGCUCUGGGAGGCCGGUGUCACCCAUGUCUUUGUCAAUUUAGGCUCUGACCAUCCCUCUAUCCUAGAGGCUAUCGUCAAAGGUCAAAAUGAGAAAAAAGGACAAUUUCCCAGAAUCAUCACAUGUCCCAAUGAGAUGGUGGCUUUGUCUAUGGCCGAUGGGUAUGCUCGGCUUACCGGUAAGCCCCAGUGCGUCAUCGUCCAUGUCGACGUUGGCACUCAGGGGCUGGGUGCUGCUGUCCACAACGCCUCGUGUGGCCGUGCCCCUGUCUUGAUUUUUGCUGGUCUGUCUCCAUUUACGCUUGAAGGGGAGAUGCGGGGCUCCCGCACGGAAUAUAUUCACUGGAUCCAAGAUGUCCCUGACCAAAAGCAAAUUGUAUCUCAAUAUUGUCGCUAUACUGGAGAGUUCAAGACUGGCAGAAAUGUCAAGCAGAUCGUCAAUAGGGCCCUGCAGUUUGCAACCAGCAGCCCCCAAGGUCCUGUAUAUCUAUUUGGAGCUAGAGAAGUGCUGGAGGAGGAAAUCGAGCCUUACACUAUUAACCAAAGUACAUGGAAUCCCGUCGCACCAGCAGCACUCCCUCAGGAUGCGGUCGCUGAGAUCGCAGAGCUCUUGGUAUCCGCCAAGCAGCCACUGGUGAUUACUGGCUACAGCGGACGAGUUGCAUCUGCCGUGACAGAGCUCGUCACCCUGGCAGACACCGUACAUGGACUCCAAGUUAUCGACACGGGUGGAAGCGACAUGUGCUUCCCGGCCAACCACCCAGCUUCACUCGGCCUUCGCUUCGGAGUGCACGAGAAAAUCCCAACCGCUGACGUCAUCCUCGUUAUCGACUGCGAUGUGCCCUGGAUCCCAACCCUUUGCAAGCCCUCUGAAACCGCCAAGAUCUUCCAUAUCGAUAUUGACCCCCUGAAGCAACAAAUGCCGGUCUUCUACCUCCCAGCCCAGGCCACCUACCGUGCCGACUGUACCACCGCUUUGCGCCAACUUUAUCAACACAUCUCCAGCAACAACUCCCUCCUCAAGACCCUCACAGCUCCAGAAUACACCUCCCGCCGCACGGCCAUCGAAGCCUCUCACAAGGAGCGACUCCAAGCUCUCGCCGCACAAGCCGCAACGCCAAGCGGCGGCCCCACAGCCCCUUUAAACGCAGCCUACCUCAUCUCUCAAAUCCGCGCCGCCUGUCCUGUGGAUACGAUCUGGUGCAUCGAAGCUGUGACCCUCACUGGCUUCGUCGCGGACCACAUCCAAGCCACGCUGCCAAACUCCUGGGUAAACUGCGGCGGCGGCGGUCUCGGUUGGUCCGGCGGUGCCGCGCUGGGCCUCAAGCUGGCCUCCGAUGACCAGCACGGCGGGACUGGCAAGGGCAAAUUCGUCUGCCAGAUCGUCGGCGACGGCACGUAUCUGUUCAGCGUGCCCGGGUCCGUAUACUGGAUUGCGCGCCGGUAUAACAUCCCCGUCCUGACGAUUGUGUUGAACAAUAAGGGGUGGAAUGCGCCGAAGCGGAGUAUGUUGCUGGUCCAUCCUGAUGGAGAUGCGUCCCGGGCAACGAACGAGGAGCUGAAUAUCUCUUUUGCACCGACACCGGAUUAUGCGGGCAUUGCGAAGGCGGCGGCAGGGGGUGAGUUGUGGGCUGGAAGUGCUGGGUCGGUAGAGGAGCUGGCGGAUAUGUUGCCCAAGGCUGUUGAGAGUGUUAAGAGUGGGAAGGCGGCGGUGUUGGAGGCGCAGUUAGAGGGGAAAGAAGGGAAGUAUGUCGCUGAGAAGAAGUAAGUGUUGGAAAGAAUGGGGUAUAGAGUUGAACAUACUGGGCAUCUCUUUUGUAUUUUUGUCUUGCUCUACUCUUGUUAAUUUUCCACAUGAUCCAUCAGAUAUCUCCAAUGAAAAAGAUAGAAUGAAUAUGACAUGCUCGCACCCUACUAUAUUUAUUAUAUGUCCACGGGCGGAUUAAUUGCAAAGAUCGAAUUGGCCUGAUUUCAUUUCCCCCUCCUAUUGUUUCCAUGCGCUCAACGAGAGACCAGGGAGACCUCCUUUUAAAUCCGAUAUUCAAGUCCAUUGUUCAAUGAGUCUCGGAAAAACCAUUUCCAACCAACCUCCCUAUAUACCUGCAAUUUCUCCCACACACCUUCUCCAACACUCCACCCGCGACUCCACCCCGUGCCCCAUCCCUACGAUACGGGGUUUCCGCAUUCCGAAACCUAAACACGGAUAUGCUCCCCCAGAAAACGCUCUAUUAUAUAUCAAAAUUAAAUAUAUUGUUACAUGCAAACCCGUACCAAUAAUAAUUGAUCACCCCCCAUCCCUCCAGCCCUCCCCCAUUCCUCAAACAUAGGCAUUAUCGUUAACUACUCGAAAAGGAAUUGCCCAAAAUAUCGGCUCCCUCCAGUUCACACCCUUCCAUGCAAAGCUGCGCAACAUAGGAAAAUAAAAAGCAAAGGAAGACAAGAAACAAAUGGGAUGAAUGAGGCAGCGUGGCGCCAUAUUACUACACCUCCCCCACCUCCAACUCUCCCCCCCCCCCAUCGUUCGCCACCCUAUCAACGAAGAACAGGUGUAAUAUCAAGUUCACCUCGCAUCUAAUUCUUUAACUUGACCACAGUACUAGCGCUAGCAGGUGGCGGUUUAGGUAACGGUUUUGACUUCAAGCUCAGCUGUCUAGGCUUCAGGUCACCUGUUCCGAUGUGUACCUUGCCGGUUUCUGCUUCAAAGUAUUGCGCUCUUCGUUUAUUGCCCGGUUGCUGUUGUGGGUAAACUGGUUAGUUUACACUCUCCGUGAAUAAUGGAUGGAUGAGGGUGUUGCUGGCGUGGCAGACGGAUAA